GGCCGCAAGCCGGGGUAUUUCUCCUUCCUAGACCCCUUCUCACCCGCCGUCUGGCUCUUCAUGCUCCUCGCCUACCUGGCCGUCAGCUGCGUCCUCUUCCUGGCUGCGCGGUGGGCCUUCCCCCUCAUCAUCAUCUCCUCCUACACGGCCAACUUGGCCGCCUUCCUCACCGUGCAGCGGAUGGAGGUGCCCAUCGAGUCGGCUGACGACUUGGCCGACCAGACCAACAUCGAGUACGGCACCAUCCAUGCCGGCUCCACCAUGACCUUCUUCCAGAACUCGCGGUACCAGACCUACCAGCGCAUGUGGAACUACAUGCAGUCAAAGCAACCGAGUGUCUUUGUGAAGAGCACGGAGGAGGGCAUCGCCCGGGUAAUGAACUCCAAGUACGCCUUCCUGCUGGAGUCCACCAUGAACGAGUACCACCGCCGGCACAACUGCAACCUCACCCAGAUUGGUGGGCUGCUGGAUACCAAGGGCUACGGCAUCGGGAUGCCUCUGGGCUCACCAUUUCGGGACGAGAUCACCCUGGCAAUCCUGCAGCUGCAGGAGAACAACCGGCUGGAAAUCCUCAAGCGGAAGUGGUGGGAAGGGGGGCACUGCCCAAAGGAGGAGGACCACCGAGCCAAAGGUGCGGAAGGAACCCACGUCGAUAACCCAUCCCUGACCGGCGAGUCGGAGCCCCAGACCCGAUCACCCGACUGCACCCACGACAACCCGCUGGAGACCCGCAACAUCACCUUCUUCUCCACCAACUGCGUCGAGGGCACUGCACGGGGGGUGGUGAUCGCCACGGGGGACCGGACAGUGAUGGGGCGCAUCGCCACGCUGGCCUCGGGGCUGGAGGUGGGCAAGACGCCCAUCGCGGUGGAGAUCGAGCACUUCAUCCAGCUCAUCACUGGCGUCGCCGUCUUCCUGG